AUGGAUUAUGUGGACCUCGUGGUCAUAGGCGCAGGUUGGAGCGGUCUAUCUGCUGUCAAAACAUAUCGUGAAAUCAACCCGGAUCACGAUGUGGUUUUGUUGGAGGCUGCUAGUUCAAUCGGUGGAGUAUGGGCCAAGCAUCGUCUCUACAAAGGUCUGAAAUCGAACAACAUGUUGGGCACAUAUGAGUUUAGCGACUUUCCCAUGGAUAGUUCGACCUUGGGGAUCGCACCUGGUCAGCAUAUUCCAGGCAAUGUCAUUCAAAAGUAUUUGGAGGCAUACGCACAGCACUUCGACUUUGCCAACUGUAUUCGACUGGACCACCACGUUGAGAGCGCACAACACAAUUUGGAUGGAACAUGGCAGCUGAUAAUAUCCCACGGAAAGAAUACAGCAACAGUCAACACCAAAAGGAUGAUUGUAGCCACGGGUAUCACCUCCCAGGCAUAUCUUCCAACAUUCAAAGGUCAAGAUACCUUCGAUGCACCCCUCUUCCACUGUCGCGAUCUACUACAGUACCAAGAUGCCAUCCUCCAACGUGACAAGCGUGUGACUAUCUUUGGUGGAACGAAGUCAGCUUGGGAUGCGGCAUAUGCCUGCGCAACAACAGGCAUGAAAGUUGACUGGGUCAUCCGAGAAUCCGGUCAUGGGCCUAACUGGAUGGCACCGCCUUACGUGACUCCAUUAAAGAAAUGGUUGGAGAAGCUCGUCACCACUCGGCUAUUGACCUGGUUUAGCCCAUGUAUCUGGGGAGAAGCAGAUGGAUACAUAGGCAUCCGCAGCUUCUUGCACAGAACCUGGCUCGGUCGUAAGAUCGUGGACGCUUUCUGGGCUAUCUUAGCAGACGAUGUUGUGCAGCUCAAUGAAUAUGACAAACACCCCGAAACGAAGAAACUGAAACCUUGGGUGAGCCCGUUCUGGAUUGCAUCGUCGCUCAGUAUUCUCAACUAUCCGACCGACUUCUUUCAACUGGUUAAAGACGGCAAAAUUAAGGUACAUAUUGCCGAUCUAGAACAUCUUUCGGAUCACACUGUUCAUCUUUCAUCGGGUGAAGCAUUGCCAACCUCAGCGUUAAUCUGCUCGACAGGUUGGCGAGCUACUCCCAAUCUCAAAUUCCUACCGGAAGGCAUCGACCGCAAGUUGGGCUUCCCCUGGAGCACAGAUCCGCUAAAUGAAAAGAUGGUAAAGGCAGCAGAUGAAGAGAUCUUAUGUCGAUUCCCCCGUCUUCGCGAUCAACCAGCCCCAAAUCCUCUCUACCGCCCCUUAGAUGAGCAAUCUGAAGCCGCUGUACCGCAUCCCUUCCGCCUAGCGAAGUUUAUGGUGCCACUAUCUCUGGCAAAAGAGCGAUCUUUGGCAUUCAUGGGAAUCACUAUGACCAUUAAUACAACAUUGAUAGCGCAAGCGCAGGCAUUAUGGAUUUCAGCAUACUUUGGUGGUGAUUUGACUCCGACUGCAACUGAACGCUGCCCUCCUGCUAUUGCUGCUGCGUUGGACAUCAAAAUAGAAGACACCACAGAGCUUGAUCUUGCUUGGGAGACUGCGUUGCACUCUGAAUUUGGCAAAUAUCGUUACCCAGGGGGCUUCGGACGAAGGAAUCCCGACUUCGUGUUCGAUGCAAUCCCGUACAUUGAUCUGAUGCUGCGCGACUUGGGUCUAUCUCCCGCUCGCAAGCAAGGCUUUCUAGCAAGGUGCUUCCAGCCCUACGGCACGGAUGAUUAUCGUGGCUUGGUCGAUGAGUGGAAAGCUAAACGGUCUAUCCAAUGA